AUGACAAUGCAAGUUACAGCCGAAAAGUUUAUUGACUUCAUCGAUCAAUGCCCAUUCCCAUUUCAAUUCUGUAAUUAUGCUCGUGGAGUUUUAACAGCUCAAGGUUAUACAGAACUUCAAGAACAAGACGAAUGGAAAGAAAUUCCAGCAAAAGGCUUCUUUAUUCGCGAUCAUCGUGCCCUCGUUGCAUGGAACAGAGGUGGAAUGAAUGGAGCUGUCAUUGUUGGCACUCAUGAUGAUAGUCCAUGCUUUAAAGUUCAACCAAAUCAAAAACUCGGAGGAAAAGCACCAAGCGUUGCAGUUACAACAUACGGUGGUGGUCUCUGGAAGACAUUUAUGGACAGAGAGCUUCGUUGCGCAGGUAUUGUAUACGAACAAACAGAAAAUGGUAUGAAACCACAUCUUUACGAUAGCAAGAGAGGAAUUGCUUUCAUUCCAUCUAAAACAUGCAUUCCAAUUAUCGGAGCUGAUCCUUCAAUAGAUUUAAUCGAUUACGUCGCUAAAGAAAUUAAUAUUGAUCGUUCUAAAAUACUAUCAUACGAAUUAGGUUUCGUAGAUGCUCGUAGACCCUCUUUUGUUGGUACAAAAGGCGAAUUUGUCGCAUCAGAGCGUAUUGAUAACUUAGGUUCAACAUUUUGCGGCCUUGAAGCCUUUAUCAACAGUACACCAAAAGAUACAUUCAAUGUUUUAGUUGUUUUCGAUCAUGAAGAAAUCGGAUCUGAUACUCACACUGGCGCAAGGAGUAACCUCUUGGAAUCAUUCUUCAGACGUGUUAUUCCAAAGGAGGAUUACGAAGCCUUCAUUGCUAAGUCAUAUCUUGUUUCUUCAGAUAAUGCUCACGCAUGGCAUCCAAACUAUCAAUAUAAGCACGAAGAUAAUCAUAGACCACUUCUAGCUGGUGGGCCAGUUAUUAAGCGCUCCCCAGGACGUCAAUAUGCUACAGAUUUAACUUCAGUUUAUCCAUUUGUCAAAGCUACAGAACUUUGCGGUGUUCCUUACCAGGUAAUGAUGAAUAGAAAUGAUAUACCGAGUGGCUCUACUAUUGGCCCAUUCGCUUCUGCUGGACUUGGUAUUGCUACAAUCGAUAUCGGACAACCGCAACUGGCUAUGCACUCUAUUCGCGAAUUUAUUGCUGCCGCUGAUUUCGAUCUACUCAUUAAAGUCCUCAAAACUAUCUACGAGCGCUAUGAUGAAUGCCGUCUUGAUCAAUAA